UCGAAACGGCAUGGAUGUGUCGCAGCAGCAACAGCAGCAUCAGCAACAGCAGCAGAAGCAGUAGUUCUUGAACUGGCCAACAGUCCGCCAACCAGCAGCAACAGAUCACACUGCCAAAGUCUUCUGUUUUUUUUUUCGAUUUUUUUUUUAUUUUUUUUUUCCUGGUUGCUGGAGGGCUUACAAAAAAGAAUUAGAAAUUCAAAGUGUGCUUAAAGUUUGAGUGGAGCUGCAAUAAUUGCAUAGUACCGAACUUGUUAGUGGUAUAAAAAAGUAUCAAAAAAAAAAAAAUAGAAGGAUUUUUUCUAAAAAAGAGUGACGAACAGUGCGUGAGUUUCAGUUUCAUUGCCGACGAGAACGUGGGGAUUGAAAGGCGAAGAAACUUUUUGGCGCACAAGAGUAGGCAACAGAAACGCCAACUUUCCUUGCUGGGUGAGUCUGUGUGUGUGUUGAUUUGCGUUGGUGUGUGUGCGUGGCAAUGCCUUAAGCCCUUUGCCAAACUGCAACCUCUGAACGCAUUUAAGUGCAGAUUUAUGUUUUACCUCUCUCACACAGAUCCUCCACUUCGUGUACCACCACCAUCAAAGUCACCCACCGAGCAACACUGCCAAUUAAAGUUGCCACAGCAGCUGCCAUACACACACACACACACAGUCACUGCCAAAAACGAAAAAAAAAAAACAACUAAGAAGGAGACUAAAGCAGCUAACGAAGACGGAAGAAGAAGGAAAGACUUUGGCCAGCAGCUGAGUUAUAUUCACUAGUAGCGCAUAAGUUUUCGAAGAGCCACUGCCACAGUAACAACUAUAGACCAGCUUUAGCUACAGCAACACUACCAGCAACGACAGCAACAACGACAACGACAACAACGACAGCGACAACAAAAAACAGAGCUAGAGAAACAGCAACAACAACGUGUUGCUGCCACAAAACGCAGCAGCCGCAACGAGAGCGUCAUCUCUGCCCUUCGCACGCCUCUGCGGAAGAUUUUGCAAGAUGCAGCAGUAUGCUAGGAUUGCCAGGAUCGCAACCAACUCUGCCCGGGCUUGUCACCGGCAAAGAUUCUACGAACCCAAUGCCGAAGUACGCUGGCAGCACUCCGAGCACUAAACAGGCUGAGCGGAGCCACUAGCACUCCCGAUCCGAUCAGCGGCGGCAACAGCGGACGAACUAUGAUAACGAGGCUCUACAACACCGAAGAGGAUCCCGCCUACUGCUCGUUCAUCUGGGGCUCGAAUCUCACCAGCAGCGUCGACGUCCUGGCUGCCAAUGCCACGUCCGUCUUCAGCAGCGACCUGAGGGACGACUUCUAUCGGGAUGUGGAGGAUCCGCGGACGGAAUCGCUGAGGGAAUACUGCUAUGGCCUGGUGCUGCCCAUCAUCUGCGCCAUGGGCAUCAUAGGCAACGUGCUCAACCUGGUUGUGCUCACCAGGCGCAACAUGCGUGGCACCGCCUACAUUUACAUGCGGGCUUACUCCACCGCCGCCCUGCUGGCCAUCGUGUUCGCCAUUCCCUUCGGUAUCCGCAUGCUGGUCCACAAGGAUCGAGGACAGUGGGAGGAGUUCGGCCCAGCCUUCUACACCGCCCACCUGGAGCUUUAUCUGGGCAACGGCUGUUUGGGCGUUGGCGUAAUGAUGUUACUAGUGCUGACCAUUGAACGUUACGUGUCCGUUUGCCAUCCAGGAUUUGCUCGACCAGUGAUGGGACCACCUGGCGUUGUGGUAUUCCUCACCUGCUUGGCCACGGUAAUCGUCUAUCUACCGAGCAUCUUUCGUGGCGAACUGAUCAAAUGCAUCCUUGGAUCGAGUGACGUAUAUGUAUAUUUGCGACGCGACAACACUAUCUACCAGCAGACCAUCUUCUAUCGCGUCUACAAGAUCAUGCUGGAGGUGAUCUUUAAACUGGUGCCCACUUUGGUGAUCGGUGGCCUCAACAUGCGCAUCAUGAUGGUCUACAGGCGGACCUGCGAGCGCCGCCGCAAGAUGGUGCUCAGUCGUCCGCAUGCCCAGGGACAUGGUCACGGACAUGGGCACGGACAUGGUCAUGGACAUGGACAUGCACAUGGACACGGCUAUUUGAAGGACGACGAUCCGCGAAAGUUCGCCGAGGAGCGGCGCUUGUUCCUGCUGCUCGGCAGCACAUCGAUUUUGUUCCUGGUCUGCGUCUCGCCGAUGGCCAUUCUCCACAUGACGAUCGCCUCGGAGGUCUAUCCGAGCUUCCCCUUCCAGGUGUUCCGUGCCAGCGCCAAUCUGCUGGAGUUGAUUAACUACUCGCUGACCUUCUACAUCUACUGCCUGUUCAGCGAGGAUUUCCGCAACACCCUGGUGAGGACGAUCAAGUGGCCCUGGUUGAAGGGCAAGUUCUGCCACCAGGCCGAGCACGAGGUGAGUGCCAGUCCACCGGCCACAGCCGGAACCGUAGCGGUAGCCGGAACCGGAAAUGGCCACGUUUCUAUUUUUCAUCCGGCAAUACCGGCGCUGACUCUCACACCCGCAGAACCCGACGAACGGCCCCGGUGUGCCAAUGGCGUGCUUCACUAAGGUGGACAGGGGCCAUCAAAAGCACCACAUAACUACCACCUCGGGCCUGGGACGAUCGAGUAGCAUUUAGACAAUGCCUACCACCCAACAACAACACCACCACAACCCAUCCGCUACUCGAGAUCCGAACUCCGAACACCGAGAACCCUCCCAGCCCAGAGUAACCCCACCACCACCACCCAACUCCAAAACCGUCAUCACCACUUCCACUUACCCCCCAGGUCGUCGAGGUUAAAGGGUGCCCUUUCUCUCGCUUGAGAUCCUGCGACAUUUGAACGUGUUCAAGUAUCGAUGAACGAAAAAUGAUAUACGAUAAACAACUAACGAUUAACGAUAAUUGAUAUUCAGCGCCACGCAUUGCGUAUAUAAGUGUCUGUGUGUGUUCCUUAAACAUAUAUAUUUAAAUAUAUGGAUAAACAUUUUUUUUUUUUUAGCACUAGAAUUAGGUACUUAAAAACCAAACUUAAUCGAAAACACAUCCGUAAUUGGUGAAAUAAUUGAUAUCGAUAGGUAAAACCAGUUCGACUUUCGAUCAGCAUUUGCGCCGAAUGAUUUCACCACAAUGUAGCUUGCGGAAUGUGUAUGUCGCAGGAUCAAGAUCCUCAAGCCACACGUAUAGAUGCAGAUAUGAUAGUUUUAUCAAUGGAUAGAUUGCUUGCCGUAUUGAUAACCAAAGAGCUCGUUUACUCUAGCAUUAGAUGCAGACAGAAACAGGAACAGCGACAGGACAACGACAGACAGACAUAUUGACAUAUAGACAGGUAUAGACAGGUGAGAUGGAACAAUAGCGAGAGAGAGAGAGAAAGAGUUUUACGAUGAUAAUAUGCAGACAUACAAUACUUAUAUAUACACUUGCAUAUGCCUAUAUGUGAAUGAUAUUUAUGUAAACGACGUAUUUAUGUAUACACGCGUAACUUUAAGCGAAUAUAUUUAUAUAUGCAUAUAUGUAUCUAUUGAUUAUAGCAUUUAAGUGCGCGCAAGAGGAAUCCGGAUUCCAACCCCGGCCCCAGAUAUAGAUCCAGAUCCAAAUUGAGAUCGAAGAUGGAUAUCUGGCAACGUGCUGAGCCCUUUCGUCUGACGAAACUGUAUUGAAUUGUUGCGUGAAUUGAGAUUGAAUUGUUAAUUGUUAAGUUAAUUAAUUGUAGUCGCACUACGAAUAGUUAUAUUUUUAAUUCUAGUUAUAAUUCGAGGACUAAGUUAUCUAGUUACAUAGUACAAUUCCCCCGACCUUGGUUGUCAGUCUGAAAGGGGAGGUCUUGAUAACUGACCCCUGACCCCUGGCCGAAUGAACCCUUGCAGCACGCGUAGCUAACUUAACUAAAUGUGUGUACCUAGUAUUAAAACAAAGCAAAGCAACCGAAACUGUUCAGUGAUGUCUAUUUACCCAGCGCCCAAGGCUAAGCUAUGGAAUACAUUACAGUAAUCUCACAAAUAUCGAAAUGUAUAUCUAUCUAACGAUGGAGCAGGAUUAGUUAUGUCCUCAAGUAAUGGCGCAGUAGCGACGAUGGAGUGGAUCAGAACUUUCAAAUUGCCAAAGGAGUUUCGAGAUUACUAAUCCAGUUUGGCAGCGACUUCAGUGAAUAUAUCCGGAAAUAAAUUCUAAACAACAGCAGUCGAGAACUCCUUUAAAUUUCAAAUAACAUGUGUACCAAUUCCUUGAAUUUCCUCGAGGUAUUUGACAAAUAUUCCGAAAGAUUGUAAAAUUAUUUGCAAAAGAUGUAUCCAAAAGUUAAUAACUUCAAAUUCUUCAAGUACUAGUUUAAUGUGUGAGUAAAUCAAUAUUUUCCGAUCUACAUCCUAGUCGUUACAAAAGCUAACAAUUAACAUACUUGCUUGGAUAUUGACGAAUAUCCUUGCAUGUGGCAGCUACUCAAAGGUGAAUCAUCACAAUGAAUGAACGUAGAUCCUUUUGUUUUCGUUUUCCAGAGCUCAGCUCAAAGCCAAGAAAGAAAUUAAUGUUUAGGAAAUUAGAAGAUUGAAUUGAAAAAAAAAUGAAGAAAAUUAUAUAUGAAAUAUGAAAUGUGAAACGUCAGGCAACUUGAGGCAUUUAGGACACCAAAAACCCGGAAAUCAGAACAGGCAUCACGAAGGCGAACUAAGAAUAUCCAUAAAUAGAGUCAGAACAGUGUGAACGAAGGCAGAUGGAGUUUAACGAAUAAACCAUUCAAUGCAAUGCAUAACUAACCAUAAACAGCAUUCAAAUACCCGAUACGAAUAAACAAUUUUAAUUGGUGUCAAAGUUCAUUGAAUAAAAAUCUUUAG